GUUUCGCAGGCUGCAAGGAAGCGGAGGAUGGACGGGGAGCCCAGUGAUGAUGAGGAGGAGGGGGAGGAGGGGUCGAGUGAGGAGGAGGGCGGGAGGGGGAGGAAGAAGCGGCAGAGAAAAAAGACCAAGAGGGAGGUCUCUGGGGACGAUUUGGGAGAGAAUUUCGUGCUUGAUGAGGAGGAUGAGGAGGAUGAGGAGGGCGGGAGGGAGAAGAAGGGGUGGGUGUAUGACGUGCUUGCUCAGAGAGAGGAGGAGGAGGAGAGUGGGAGUGAGGGGGAGGAGGGGAGUGGGAGUGAGGAAGACGAGGAAGAGGAGGAUAAGGAGGAGAAUUUAGCUGACGUGGAGUGGGAGCAGAGUGACGAGGAGGCAGGAGGCGAGAGAGGGGAGGUUAAGCGGGGGCCGGUAGGGGAUAGGGCGGUUAAGCAAGGAGGGGAGGAGAGUGAAGAGCUUGAGGAAGGGGAGGAGAGGGAGGAGGGGGAGGAGAGUGAUGAGGAGGACGAGGAAGCGGAGGCGGAGGGGAAACCGUCGACACAACAGCAGCAGCAGCAGGGGAAAGUGGUGGGCCCAGGGACGAUGGAGGAAGAGGAAGAAGAGGAAGAGGAGGAGGAGGAAGGAGGAGGAGGAGGAAGAGGAGGAGGAGGAGGAGGGGGAGGAGGAGGAGGAGGAGAUGGAGCGCAUAGAGCGGGUGUUCCGUCGGCGCGAGUUGCCGUACGUGAUAGAAGCCCCCCAGCAGUUGAAGGACCUGCAGCAGCUGUUAGAGGGGCGCGCAGCACCAGAGGUGGGGGUGGCCAUCGCGCGCAUCCGCGCGUGCAACGCGGCGCACCUGUCCCCCGACAACAAGCGCAAGAUGCAGAUCUUUUACAACGUGCUCCUGCAGUACUUUGCGUCGCUGGCUAGCGAUAGCUCUCCCGUGUAUCAGCAGCAGGGGGAGGAUCAGCGGGGGAAGAAGCAGAAGCAGCAGCACCACCAGGAGCAGCAGCAGCAGCAGCAGCAAGGGAGCAGGCAGCAGGAAAAGCCGCAAGCGGGGGAAAAGAAAGUGCAGAAGGGCGCGGAGCAGGGUGCGAAGGAGCAGGAGGAGGAGCCGACGAGUGCGCUGCAACAGAGGGCGCCGUCAGUGGCAGCGGCGCACAUCAACGUGCUCGUGCAGCCGCUGGUCGAGCUCUCCGCCUCCUUCCCCCUCUUCGCUGCCGUCUGCGCCCGGGAGAGGCUCGCCCGCAUGCAGAAACGCCUGGUGACCCGCCUCAAGACAGGAGAGCCAGCGUGGCCUACUGCCCGCACGCUCCUACUCCUGCGUCUCUGGGCGCUCAUCUUCCCCUCGUCCGACUUCCGCCAUCCCGUCAUGACGCCCGUGUCGCUGCUGCUGGGGCAGUUCCUCUCCUGCUGCCCUGUGCGCUCCACCAAGGACGUGGCUGCCGGGCUGUUCAUCUCCGCACUCCUGCUAAAUAUGGUGUCGCAGAGCCGUCGGUUCGUCCCAGAGGCGCUCAACUUCCUACACGCGCUGCUGUGGAGUGCUGUCGCCCCUGCGCUCAAACCACUCAAGCCCAAGGGCGUGCCCCGCUACAUGCUUCUACAGGUGUGCUCGCAGCAGUGGCUCUGGACCCCCUGUGGCGACGGCCACAACAGCCGCAAGCGCAAGCGCGAGCCACUAGAGGACAAGCCCGAGGCCCUCGAUUUUGACAGGAUCUUCCUCGGCCCUUCGAGCGCCCAUUCAAACCUUAUCACCGCUAGCACUACCACCACUACUACCACCACCGCUACUACCACUACUAACCCGUCGCCCUCCGCUCCUCCUGCUGCUCCUCCUGCCCCAGUGGGCGUGGAAGGCAGUGCAGCAGGGACCGUGGCAGAGGCCUACUUUGGUUCCGACGUCUUCAGGCUGAGCCUGCUGCUAGCGGUGCUCAAGACCCUGCGCUCCUUCGCGCUGCUCUACCGCCCCAUGCAGCCCUUCCCCGAGAUCUUCUCCCCCUUCCUGCCCACCCUUGCCGCCCUGGCGGAAUCCGGGCAGCUGCCCGAGGAGAUAGAGCAGGAGCGGGCAGCGUGGGUGAAAGAUAUUGAGGGGGCAGUGGCGGAGGUGGAGGGGAGCAGGCAGCCGCUGCGGCUGAGGGUGAAGCGGGCCGUCCCAGCCAAGCAGUUCAAUCCUAAGUUUGAAACUGACUUUGCCCGGGGCAAGGACUACGACCCGAACAGGGAGAGGGCGGAGCAGCGGAAGCUACAACGGGCGAUCAAGCGAGAAGCCAGGGGAGCAGCAAGGGAGCUCCGGAAGGACAACCACUUCCUCGCCGCCGCCCGCGCGCACGAGGCCACUGCAGCAGCAGAGGAGCGGCGGGAGAAGAGCCAGCGGGCCAUGGCGUUUAUGGAGCAGCAGGCGCACCUCAUGUGGUCGGGGCAGCUGGGCAGGAAGAGGGGCGGCGGUAGCAGUGGCAGGGGUAGGCGCUAGAAGGGGAGAGAUGCCUAUGGGAGGGUGACGAAGAGGGACGAAGCGGGGGGGGUUAAGGGCAGCUAGUUGGGGGGAGAUGCCAAGGUGGGUGUGGGUCUGCAGCGGCCUUCCUUGCAGUGUCCCUCUCUGCGGCUGCAGCGGAGGAGCGGCGGGAGAAGAGCCAGUGGGUCAUGGCGUUUAUGGAGCAGCAGGCGCACCUCAUGUGGUCGGGGCAGCUGGGCAGGAAGAGGGGCGGUAGCAGCAGCGGCAGGGGCAGGCGCUAGAAGGGGAGAGGUGCUAAACGGGGAGAAGAGAGAUGCUAAGGAGACGGCGAGGUUAAGAAGAGGGUUUUUCGAGGGCAGCUGCUGCAGCAGUGGAGAAGCCCGGAUGAAGCCAUGGAUGUGGAAGAGGAUGAGGCGUCGAGGGAAUGGUUGUGUGAAAGUGGUCGUGAGAAUGGUCGUGUGAAGCUGACAUUUUGACUUGUGCAUGUGUGUGCAGUGGAUCUAACAUUGUUGGGUGUGGCUAGUGAGCAGUCUGCAUGUGGGUGUGGGAGGAAUGCCAGCUCCUUGUGCUGCAGGUACUGGUAUGUGCGUGCGCACAUGUGUGCAUGUGUUUGGGGGUGUGUGAGUAUGUUCGCCUGUGAGGCAAGCAUUAAGACUUCGGUCACCCCAAGAAAAAAACGUUUUGGUACGGUAUGGCACACUAACUUUGGUGUUACUGUGUGAACUGGUGACCUGAAGAGGAUUAAGGAGGGGCUGAGAGCGUGAAGGGUGGCUGAUGGCAAUGUGUAGACAGUGGGAUGAUGUGCAGCUGAGGGUGGAGUUGGCAUGAAGGGAGCAUGGAGGGACCAUGGAGGGAGCAUGUAGCAUGGACACUUACCGUGGAGGGCAUUUCAGCGAUGUAGAAUGGGCUCUUGAAGCGGCUUGGAUCAGCAAGGCACCUGCAACGGGGGGCGUGUGGAGGUUGGACGAAGCAUAAGAGGCAGGUUUUGGGAACUGCCCAAUGCAGGGAGUGGGAGGUGGUUGGAGGAUGGAAAUGGCUCUGCCUGUUGGUGGCACCGGGCAUGCUCGCUGUAUGGCUGCCGAUGCGGUUAUGUGACUAUGCAGUGCCAUGGUGCCACCUGCUGCUGCUGAUUCUGCCCUUUUUGUGUUCUGAAUGAGCCCAGGCAGUGAUUGCAUGUGGUACCGGUACUUCCUGCUGUGGCUGUGAUGUAAACUUUUCUUUCCUCGUGCUGCUUACCCCCUUUCUUACCCUCGUGAGCAUUCUGUCUACGCUGGACAGCGGAAUCUGCUGUGGUGGGGGUAGGCAUUUUUUUUCCUGUGGCUGCCGGGUGUUUGUACAUGUUGAUGUGUACAUGUACUACCACCCGGCAGCAUGCUUGCUAUUCAUCGAACUGAAUGCAUGUAUUCUCCUGCUCUUUUGUUAUUUCACUGAACACUUAUUAAUUAGUCCUUGAAAUU